AUGAGUACAUUGAAUCGACCUAAAUCCCCACAUGCAAAUAGCACCAUUAAAUCUGGCGAAAAGGAAGAAAGUUUUUGGGACAAAUUCAGUACACUUGGAAGAAAAAAGGGAACUAAAGAAGUUCAAAAAGUUCAAGAAGAAGGAAAGCAUGCUAUUGACUCUCCCGGAGCUCCGAGCCAAAUUGAUAUUCCUCCAGAAGACUAUGCCCUACGUGAACAUGAACAACGUACCGUAAUAGACCCACAAUCAAUGAAUGAUCCCGAGGUUAGAAAACUUCAACAGAUUUUAAUUGAUUGGAUAAACGAUGAAUUGGCUGAGCAACGUAUUAUAGUGCAGAGUAUUGAUGAAGAUAUGUAUGAUGGUCAGGUAUUACACAAGCUUUGGGAGAAGUUAACGGGCAAAAAACUUGAUGUUCUUGAAGUUACACAAUCGGAAGAAGGGCAAAGACAAAAAUUAAAUAUUGUUCUGAAUGCUGUAAAUCAUACUUUGGGAUUUCACCAAAAAAUACCAAAAUGGUCAGUUGAAAGCGUGCACUCAAAAAAUAUCGUUGCCAUUUUGCAUUUGCUGGUUGCUUUAGUAAGGCAUUUUAGAGCACCUGUACGUCUUCCAGAAAAUGUAUUCGUGACGGUAGUGAUUGCUCAAAAGAAUGGAGGAGUUUUGAAUGCUCAAAAAUUUCAAGAGCAAAUUACAUCUGAAUAUGACGAUGUCGGUAUGCGUUGUGAAAAAGAUGCUUUCGAUACUUUGUUUGACUGUGCCCCUGAUAAAUUAGCGGUGGUUAAAAAGUCCCUCAUUACUUUCGUGAAUAAACAUUUGUCCAAAUUGAAUUUCGAAAUCAACGACCUCAAUAGCGAUUUUCGCGAUGGUGUGUAUUUGUGUCUUCUAAUGGGUUUACUAGGAGGAUUUUUUGUACCGUUGCACGAAUUUCACCUAACUCCUCAAGACACGGAUCAAAUGGUGGCAAAUGUUGCAUUUUCAUUUGAUCUUAUGCAAGAUGCAGGAUUGCCCAAACCAAAAGCCCGGCCAGAAGAUAUCGUAAAUAUGGAUCUAAAGUCAACUUUGCGUGUUUUAUACAGCUUAUUUACAACGUUUAGAAGCUAUGCAUAGACCGAAAUAUACAAUGUU